AAUUCGUUACUACUUUUCAUUUGUGUUCGUGAUACCGCGGGAACAAUAUGAUGUCAUGGGCCAGGAAGGCUAGUUUUUUCUUUUGGGCGUUGUGCUGGACUUGCGACAGUAGGUCGUUCAAGGAGGCAGAGCCUAGAGAUGACGUGACCAAGACGGUAUUCGAAUUGGACGAUUAUUUAAAUGGUACAUUUUCGAGUAGUACUUGGAACGGUACUUGGUUAUCAGACACGGAAUUUCUCUACAAAAAUACGGAAGGAGAUAUUUUAAAAUACGAUUUAGAACUGAAGGAAUCCGAAGUUUUCUUGGAAGCCAGUGUACUGACAAAUUAUUCUGGGGCUUCCUUUACUCUGUCGGAGGAUCAAGCUUUCAUUCUAAUUCGAUACAAUGUGUCUUCGGUUUUCAGGCAUUCCACUACAUCCCUCUUCACGGUAUACGAUAUUAGCAAUCAGACCUACUACGAUAUUGCCGAUCUGAAACCAAUUCAACUAGCAACAUUUGCUCCCACAGGACAUGGCCUAGUGUACGUUUAUGAGAAUAACAUUUACUAUCUGGAGGAUUUUGCUGUCGACACCUCUAAUCCUAUAAUUGUUACAAAUAUAGGAGAACCGGGAGUCAUUUAUUGUGGCGUUCCCGAUUGGGUAUACGAAGAGGAAGUUUUUGGCAGCGGUUCUGCACUAUGGAUGUCCCCAAAUGCGACACACAUUGCCUAUGCUACUUUCCAGGAUGAAAAUGUUACAGAUUUCACUUAUUAUCUCUAUGGAACACCUGGAUCUCUGGAUUCACAAUAUCCUACGGAAGCCACAAUUAAGUAUCCAAAAGUAGGAACCACGAAUCCACUUGUGAUUGUGUACUUAUACGACAUAAACGCAAACACUACCGUAGAAUUCCAACUUCCAUCUUCAAUAGAUAACAAAGAAACUAAUGACUAUGUGUUGUACGACCUGUCCUGGGUUUCUAAUACGGAAAUCGCCAUGAUUUCAACCAACAGAAUUCAAAACGAGUCGAUUAUUAUUAGAUGUACAUUAGACGGAUUAUGUGAAGAGGAAGAGAGUUACACAGAGGAAAAUGGUUGGUUAGACGCGAAAAUACCCAAAUAUAGCAAGGACGGUACCCAGAAACUGGAAAUUUUGCCACAACCUGAAGGCGAUGAUAGAUAUUACCAUAUAGUACUUACUGAUAUUACAACAAAGAAUAAAACCAGACUCACUCACGGAAAAAAACGUGUAACUUCACUUUAUGGUUGGGAUGAAGAUCGGGGUUUGAUAUAUUACGUUGGAUCUGCAGAGGAUAUUCCAUCUCAGCAACAGGUCUACGUUGUAAACACUAGUGGUGAAGAAACUUGCUUAACGUGCGAGUGGGUGGUAGAUGAUGAUAAAUGUGAGUAUGCGGCAGCAUCUUUCAGUACGUCCCUGUCGUACCACGUUAGGGUAUGUAGUGGGCCUAAUCCAAUAUACGUCCAGCUGGAAAACACACAUAAUGCAAGUGAUGUGUUGAUAUGGCAAGAAAACUUAUCACUUCGUGAAAAACUAGCAGCUAAGGUCCUUCCAGUUAUUAAAAAACUAACAGUUCCUAUUAACGAUGAGUUCAAUGCCAGAGUAAAAAUGUUGCUUCCGCCAAAUUUGGACGAGACAUCUGACAAGAAAUAUCCUGCCAUUGUUUAUGUUUAUGCCGGACCAGACUCCGAUCGAAUCUAUGACAGUUUCGCUACAGGUUUUGCUGCCUACCUUGUCACAAAUAGGGAGUACAUAUACAUAUACAUAGAUGGAAGGGGCAGUGGGAGAGAUGGGAUUAACAAAAUGUUCGAGAUUUACAGGAAGAUGGGCACGGUAGAAAUGGAGGAUCAAAUAAUUAUUACUAAAUACCUUCAGGAAACUUGCCCCUACAUCGAUGCAAGCAGAACAGGCAUUUGGGGAUGGAGUUACGGCGGUUUCGCUUCAAGUUGGGUUUUGGUAAAAGACAAAGAGCACAUCUUCAACUUUGCCCUUGCUGUAGCUCCCGUUACAAGUUUCAUUUAUUACGAUACAAUUUAUACAGAAAGAUACAUGGGUCUUCCGACCCCAGAAGACAAUGAAAUCGGAUAUAACAACACAGAUGUAACUAGGGAAGCGGAAGCCUUUAGAGGAAGGCGGUAUUUCAUAAUUCACGGCAAUGCUGAUGAUAACGUUCACUACCAAAACGCCAUGGCAUUGGUAAAGGCCCUCGAACAUGCAGAUGUCGAUUUCCGACAGCAGAGUUAUCCAGAUGAGAAUCAUUCCUUAACAUAUGUGAGCAGGCAUCUUUAUCACACAAUAGAUAAAUUUUUUGCCAGAUGUUUCGAUAUUGAAGAUCCUCCGUUUACAGUAUGGCACAAAAAGGAGAGCUUCUAGUCAUAUAAACAGUACAAAGAAGUGCAAUUGUGAUUUCAACAAAAGAAAUUAUCAGUAAUUUAUAAAAUAUUUUUGUUAAAUAGUGUUAUAAAAACAAAUAAAAUGUAAUAGAUAAUUUUA